AAUCAUAAUUGAGUGCUCGUGUCGUUUAUACUGACUCUUUAUUACGUAACGUAAUGUAUUUAUUUCAUUAAACUGAUGUUAGACGGGCCUGUGGUAUACUUUAAUUCCAGUGUAUUUAUUCCUUAUUAUUUCAAACACUUGUGUUCAGGGCGGGAUGGUGCUAAAUAUUUAGUUUAUUUCUUCUCAUUCUACCGAAUAAUACAUCGCGUUAUUGUGUUAGAAAAUCACAGUCGAUCUACUUUCAGUUUUGCUCGGUUCGGUGUCAGAAUAAUCCCUCCGGACACUACGGUCCAUACGGUGAAUCUACAGACGUCAUGCAGAGUACUGCAAACUACCUGUGGCUGAUGUCAGACCUGCUUGGUCAGGGAGCCACAGCAAAUGUUUACCGCGGUAGACACAAGAAAACAGGUGAUCUUUAUGCCGUCAAAGUCUUCAAUAAUCUGAGUUUCCUGCGUCCACUGGACGUCCAGAUGAGGGAGUUUGAGGUGUUAAAAAAGUUAAACCACAAAAACAUUGUAAAGCUCUUCGCUGUGGAGGAGGAGUCAAACACACGUCAUAAAGUGUUGGUGAUGGAGUAUUGUCCCUGUGGCAGUUUAUAUACGGUGCUGGAGGAACCCACAAAUGCUUACGGCCUCCCAGAGGACGAGUUCCUUAUAGUUCUGCAGGAUGUUGUGGCUGGAAUGAAUCACCUCCGCGAAUACGGAAUCGUCCAUCGAGACAUCAAACCGGGAAACAUCAUGCGUGUGAUCGGAGAGGACGGACGGUCCGUCUAUAAACUGACUGACUUCGGAGCCGCACGUGAGCUUGAAGACGACGAGCAGUUUGUGUCGCUCUAUGGCACUGAGGAGUAUCUGCAUCCUGACAUGUAUGAGCGAGCUGUGUUGAGAAAAGAUCAUCAGAAGAAAUAUGGAGCUACAGUGGAUCUGUGGAGUAUUGGAGUGACGUUCUACCACGCGGCCACAGGCAGUCUGCCGUUUCGACCUUUCGAAGGACCUCGCAGAAACAAAGAAGUCAUGUAUAAGAUCAUCACUGAGAAACCUUCAGGUGCCAUCUCAGGCCAUCAGAAGUUUGAGAAUGGAAAGAUCGAGUGGAGCACAGAUAUGCCCGUUUCCUGCAGUGUCUCAAAAGGUCUUCAGAGUCUCCUCACUCCAGUGUUGGCCAACAUCCUAGAAGCAGACCAGGAGAAGUGUUGGGGCUUCGAUCAGUUCUUUGCUGAAACCAGUGAUAUUUUACAUCGGGUGGUGGUUUAUGUGUUUAGUCUGCAGCAAGCAACUCUUCACCACAUCUACAUCCACACAUACAACACUGCAAACCUGUUUCAAGAGCUUCUCUUCAGACGGACCAAUAUAACUCCAUCACAUCAGGAUUUCCUCUACGAGGGGCAACGGCUUAUUCUCGACCCAAACCGUCAAGCACAGAUCUUCCCCAAGACCAGCAGAGACAAUCCCAUCAUGCUUCUCAGCAGAGACCCGGUCAACACCGUCGGAUUGCUCUUUGAAGAUCUUUCACCCGAUGAUGAUGGUGGUUCUAUGUUUGCAGCCUGCCCACCUAAAGUUCAGCCCCGAUAUGAUCUGGAUUUAGAUGCCAGCUAUGCCAAGACAUUUGCAGGUGAUGUGGGAUAUUUGUGGAAGACGUCAGAUUCUCUCCUCCUCUAUCAGGAGCUGGUGAGAAAAGGCGUCCGAGGAUUGAUUGAACUGAUCAGAGGUGAAUACAGCGAGACGGCACACAAGAAGACCCAACUGAUCCACAUGUGUAACUACUGCAGCCAAACGCUGGAGAAAACUGAGCAGCUAUGUGAGGUGCUGAUGCAAGGAAACAUCCUCUCAGCAGAAUAUGAUGAAAUCCGAGACAUGAGGAAAAAGGUGAUCAGGCUGUCCAACUCUAUGACCUCAAUGGAGCAGACACUGCAGGAAAUCAGCGGUAUGUUCGUGCCGGGAGGAACCCUGACAGAUGCGUGGACACAACAAGUGGGAACUCACCCAGAGGACAGAAAUGUGGAGAAGAUCAAAGUUCUGCUGGAUGCCAUCAGCAGCAUCUAUCAGCAGUUUAAAAAAGACAAAGCAGAGAGACGUUUGCCCUAUAAUGAAGAACAGAUCCACAAGUUUGACAAACAAAAGCUGGUUCUUCAUGCCACUAAAGCACGAGCGCUCUUCACAGAUGAAUGUGCAAUGAAAUAUCGUCUUUUCAUCUCUAAGAGUGAAGAAUGGAUGAAGACGGUUCAUCAUGUAAGGAAACAUCUUGUGUCUCUGACGACUCAGUAUGGCAGUAUGGAACAGGAAGUGAAUGUGCUCUUGCAGCGCAUGUUCAAGUUGUUAGAUCAGUUACCUCAGAAGAUCGUACCAAUGACCUCUGGUGGAAUGAAACCACAGACGUAUCUCAGCCCCAGUACACUGGUGGAGAUGACACUGGGGAUGAAGAAACUGAAAGAGGAGAUGGAGGGAGUGGUGAAAGAGUUAGCGGAGAACAACCUGUUUCUGGAGAGAUUUGGCACACUGACUGUUGAUGGAGGAAUCAGGAACGUGGAUCGGAUGUGACCGCACACAUUUGACUGUAGAUCAGAUCUGUGAAUUCUUUAAUCUGUAUAUAUGCAUAGUGUAAAUACACAUGUAAGACUCAUCGUUAAACCUUUCUGUAUUUCAUCCUUAGUUUACUUUGACAUUAUUUGACCAUGAACAAGCUAGAAUUGCUAUGAAGUUUAAGUGGGUUUAUUUUUAAUCCUUUUAUUCAAAUAUGUUCUGUUGUAUUGGUUUAUACGAUGAUGCGUGGGCUUAUGAAGUCUGUGUAAAUCUUUAAAUCGAAUGUGAAUAAAGCUGAUGAUAAAGGCCAAAAACAGCGCUUCAGA